AUGCAUCGCAGUGCUGUUCCGGAGCUUACCGCCGUUGAAUCUAAAGACGAUGAAUCAGAUACACAUCCAAACAUGAAGUCUCAGAAUCAAGAAAAUACCCAUUCAGAGGUUUAUAAUCGUAAUGAGGAUGAGGGUAAGGCCCGGGAUCGCUGGUGUCAAUAUGAUGGCCGCCGUAAAGCUUGGAUGCUUUCUUCACCUCAACAAAGUGAGCAGCCAUACUAUGGUGGGUAUACCGUCACCCCGAAAAAGGGGUAUACCAUAAUCCCAAAAAUGGAGGACUGGAUAGUUUCUUGGUCUUCAACAAAUGACGAGGAACAAAUGGGGUAUCACUAUCUAAACAUACAUGGUUAUUACAACAAGGAAACAGAAAUGGGAGGAUAUGGUGUUAUGGUGCGUGAUUCAUAUGGAAAGCCAGUAACUGCAUCUGCUUGUGUGCAACCAGAAGGAGUUUCUUAUCCCUACCAUGUCUUAGAUGGGGUGAAAGCUGGCCUUGCAUUUGCGUUGGAACGUAAAAUAUAUGAUCUUAUACUGAUAUGCGACAACUUAAAAAUUGAUUGUUGCCUUAGAAUGAUUUUUCAGAGAGCUGAUAAUGGUUUGAUCGAGACCCGGCGUAUUCCUUACAAAUGUGGUUUUUGCAAGACGUGUUUGAGAAAUAUUAUCCCCGACACAACUCGCGAGGAGUCUGAGUUUAUGUUUCCCCUCCUCCAGGAUAUUAUAGAUAAGCGCGAUCAGAUAAUGUGCAAAUCUAGUUUAUUUCAUCUUCAUCCUGUUAAGUUAAAAUUAAAUAAAGCUGCUUAUCUUCUGGCCGAGCAGCUUGUAAGGAAGACAAAGAAACAGCUUCCAAGGGAAUGUAAGCCAUCGGCUGAGAUGAUCGAUCCAGCUGCAUUCGAUAAUCAGCUCAAAAGGGUUCUUUACAAAGAUGCAUAUGAAGGUGUACGGUUCUACCAAGAACAACAGCGAUUGUUGUUCGAAAAGAAAAGUCAGCAGCUGCAAUGA